CUUUGCUCUCAUUUCGAAUGACGCCGUUUGCCAAAUACAAUUCGACUUGUUCGAGCUAUUAACAACAUCGAGAUUAUCGAAUGAACGCACCGCUAGCGAUUGUCUUUUAAAAUUAACUCGCAUCCCAAAAAGUGCAUUAAAAUGAAAUCGAUCAUUGUGCUUACAUCACUACUUGCAAACGUACUCGCUUACCACGACCCAGAUCUCAAUUACCACCUUAGUCAAGUGCAGAAAGGACAAGGAUGUGGCGACUCGGGUUACUCGUAUCCCGUGCCUACCACGCAGCUGUCUACCGGAGUAGCUUCUAACCAGUAUGGAGGCGUCGCGUACCAACAGCAAGCGAUACAAGCGACUGCGUACCAAGCUCCACUAGUAACUCAAGCGAACUAUAAACAAACUGCAAAUCAAAACGAAUUUCACGGCUACGCUACCUCCGCUGGAUUAUCAUCGGCUGCAUCGUCUGGCAGAACAGUGACGCCGUUAGCAACUUACGCGCAAGCCCCGAUCAUAGCUAAAGUUACUGCAGCGCCCUUAAUUGCCAAAUACUCUCUGUCACCGCUCAGAACCACAUACGCCUCUAACAAUUUACUUACCCAACAAUCGAUAUCUUUGGGUUCCGCGAAAGCAUCUCUAAACUCUUACAGUGUCCAAUCUGGUGGUCCAGUUGUGUCUCAAGUAUUCGCCGCACCAACUGUUGGAUAUAAAGCAUCUGAAGCGAUUCAAGUUCAACAAACUCCCCAAAUUGCUUACGCUACGCCAGCAGCUAUAAAUCAAUAUCAACAAGUGGGACCUAUUUAUCGAGCACCAGCUAUUGCGACAUCUCAGUACAGCGCGCCAACUGUUGAGGAAUAUCACGCGCGAUCCGGUGUGCAAUACAAUUCUCAAUCGUCAGCUUCUAUCGGAUAUUCAGCACCCAAAGUGUCACCAAGUUAUACUCAAUAUUUUACACCGGCAAUUGCUCAAUACUCAGCUCCAGCAGUUAGGCAAUAUUCAGCUCCAGCAGUUGCGCAAUACUCAGCUCCAGCAAUUGCACAAUACUCAGCUCCUGCAGUGACUCAAUAUUCAGCACCUGCAGUUUCGAUACAACACUCGACUCCAGCGGUAACACAAUAUUCGGUGCCAGCUGUUGGUGUACAACACGCACCAUUAGUGCAGUACUCUGCACCUGCAGUAUCAAUCCAGCGUUCACCAUCAGUAGUUCAGUACUCGGCACCGGCAGUCGCAGUGCAGCAUUCUGCAGCUGUCUCUCAGUACUCACAAGCUGCUUUAAGAGGACACGCAUCUCUGGGAGUUAAGAAUGUUCACACGGAGUUUUUGGAAAAUUAUGACGCUCAUCCACGAUAUGCUUUUGAGUACGGUGUUAACGAUCCCCACACCGGCGACAUUAAGCAACAAAAGGAAGAGCGCGACGGCGAUGUUGUAAGAGGUCAAUAUUCUCUGGUGGAACCGGACGGCUCGGUGCGCACAGUGGACUACGUCGCCGACUGGGAGACCGGUUUCCAUGCCAACGUACACAAUAGCAAAGACAAACACUGAACAGUACCACUUGCAUAGGAUACUAUUGUAAAAUUUGUAAUCAUGUCCUUUAAAAAUAAGUUAAGAAUAU